AUGGGAAGCAGAACCUCGUCUUACUGGCUGCUUCAGACGAUAGAGAAUGCCCGGGACAUCGAUGUUGCCUGGAUCAUUGUGACGGGAUCGAUCGGGUUCUGUGUUGUCUCUGGGCUGGUGUUCGUUGAGGUGGGAAAAGUUGCGCCGAAGAACGUCAUCACGAGCAUAUUUAAGAAUUUGUUGUGCAUCGCCAUCGCAACCAUCUCGUUCUGGUUCGUCGGGUACAGCUUUGCCUUCGGCAAGGACAGGACUGGGUUCAUCGGAGAUGACAAGAGGAGCACCAUCGGAGCGGCCAAGGUCUGGGCCAGCCCCUGCAACAUCCGAGGCUCAGAUGGAUGGGAGAACUGGUUCUUCUUCUGGGUGUAUACAGCAACAGCAACAUUGACAGCAACGUACGGUUUAGCUGAGCGCACGAAGAUCGCUGCCUAUAUCAUGUUUGCUCUUAUCUUUACUCUCUUCAUCCAUCCUAUCGUGAUGCAUUGGGUCUGGGGCACUGGUAAGUUCCCAAGUCCUCUGUAG